UUGCCGCCAUCAUGUCCGACACGGACAGCGAUGAAGAUUCUGCCGGAGGCGGCCCAUUUUCUUUAACUGGUUUCCUUUUCGGCAACAUCAAUGGAGCUGGGCAGCUGGAGGGGGAAAGCGUCUUGGAUGAUGAGUGUAAGAAGCACUUGGCAGGCUUGGGGGCUUUGGGUCUGGGCAGCCUGAUCACUGAACUCACGGCAAAUGAAGAAUUGACUGGGACUGACGGUGCCUUGGUAAAUGAUGAAGGGUGGAUCAGGAGUACAGAAGAUGCUGUGGACUAUUCAGACAUCAACGAGGUAGCAGAAGAUGAAAGCCGAAGAUAUCAGCAGACAAUGGGGAGCUUGCAGCCCCUUUGUCACUCAGAUUAUGAUGAAGAUGACUAUGAUGCUGAUUGUGAAGACAUUGAUUGCAAGUUGAUGCCUCCCCCGCCUCCACCCCCAGGACCAAUGAAGAAGGAUAAGGAUCAGGAUGCUAUUACCGGUGUGUCUGAAGAUGGAGAAGGCAUCAUCUUGCCCUCCAUCAUUGCCCCUUCCUCUUUGGCCUCAGAGAAAGUGGACUUCAGUAGUUCCUCUGACUCAGAAUCUGAGAUGGGACCUCAGGAAGCAGCACAGGCAGAAUCUGAGGAUGGGAAGCUCACCCUACCAUUGGCUGGGAUUAUGCAACAUGAUGCCACCAAGCUGUUGCCGAGUGUCACAGAACUUUUCCCAGAAUUUCGGCCUGGAAAGGUAUUACGCUUCCUACGUCUUUUUGGACCAGGGAAGAAUGUCCCAUCUGUUUGGCGGAGUGCUCGGAGAAAGAGGAAAAAGAAGCACCGUGAACUGAUACAGGAAGAGCAGAUUCAGGAGGUGGAGAGCUCAGUAGAAUCAGAAGUCAACCAGAAUUCUUUGUGGAAUUAUGACUACGCUCCACCACCACCUCCAGAGCAGUGUCUCUCUGAUGAUGAAAUCACAAUGAUGGCUCCUGUGGAGUCCAAGUUUUCCCAAUCAACUGGAGAUAUAGAUAAAGUGACAGAUACCAAACCAAGAGUAGCCGAGUGGCGAUAUGGGCCUGCCCGACUGUGGUACGAUAUGCUGGGUGUCCCUGAAGAUGGCAGUGGGUUUGAUUAUGGCUUCAAACUGAGAAAGACAGAACAUGAACCUGUGAUAAAGUGUAGAAUGAUGGAGGAAUUCAGAAAACUUGAGGAAGGCAUUAGCACUGAUCUCCUGGCUGAUGAAAACUUCCUGAUGGUGACACAGCUGCAUUGGGAAGAUGACAUCAUCUGGGAUGGGGAGGAUGUCAAACACAAAGGAACGAAACCUCAGCGAGCAAGCCUGGCAGGGUGGCUUCCUUCCAGCAUGACUAGGAAUGCCAUGGCUUACAAUGUACAGCAAGGUUUUGCAGCCACUCUGGAUGAUGACAAACCUUGGUACUCCAUUUUUCCCAUUGACAAUGAGGAUCUGGUAUAUGGACGCUGGGAGGACAAUAUUAUUUGGGAUGCUCAGGCCAUGCCCCGGCUGUUGGAGCCUCCUGUUUUGACACUUGAUCCCAAUGAUGAGAACCUCAUUUUGGAAAUUCCUGAUGAGAAGGAAGAAGCCACCUCUAACUCCCCCUCCAAGGAGAAUAAGAAGGAAUCAUCUCUGAAGAAGAGUCGGAUUCUCUUAGGGAAAACAGGAGUGAUCAAGGAGGAGCCACAGCAGAACAUGUCUCAGCCAGAAGUGAAAGAUCCAUGGAAUCUCUCCAAUGAUGAGUAUUACUAUCCCAAGCAACAGGGUCUUCGAGGCACCUUUGGAGGGAAUAUUAUCCAGCACUCAAUUCCUGCUGUGGAAUUACGGCAGCCCUUCUUUCCCACCCACAUGGGACCCAUCAAACUCCGGCAGUUCCAUCGCCCGCCUCUGAAAAAGUACUCCUUUGGGGCACUAUCUCAGCCAGGUCCCCACUCAGUCCAGCCUUUGCUAAAGCACAUCAAAAAGAAGGCCAAGAUGAGAGAACAAGAGAGGCAAGCUUCAGGUGGUGGAGAGAUGUUUUUUAUGCGCACACCUCAGGACCUCACAGGCAAAGAUGGAGAUCUUAUUCUUGCAGAAUACAGUGAGGAAAACGGACCAUUAAUGAUGCAGGUUGGCAUGGCAACCAAGAUAAAAAACUACUAUAAACGGAAACCUGGAAAAGAUCCUGGAGCUCCAGAUUGUAAAUAUGGGGAAACUGUUUACUGCCAUACAUCUCCUUUCCUGGGCUCUCUCCAUCCUGGCCAAUUACUGCAGGCAUUUGAGAACAACCUUUUUCGUGCUCCAAUUUAUCUUCAUAAGAUGCCAGAAACUGACUUCUUGAUUAUUCGGACGAGACAGGGUUACUAUAUUCGGGAAUUAGUGGAUAUUUUUGUGGUUGGCCAGCAGUGCCCCUUGUUUGAAGUUCCUGGACCCAACUCCAAAAGGGCCAACACACAUAUUCGAGACUUUCUACAGGUUUUUAUUUACCGCCUCUUCUGGAAGAGUAAAGAUCGGCCACGGCGGAUCCGAAUGGAAGAUAUAAAAAAAGCCUUUCCUUCCCAUUCAGAAAGCAGCAUCCGGAAGAGGCUGAAGCUCUGUGCUGACUUCAAACGCACAGGGAUGGAUUCAAACUGGUGGGUGCUGAAGUCUGAUUUUCGUUUACCAACUGAAGAGGAGAUCAGAGCUAUGGUGUCACCAGAGCAGUGCUGUGCUUAUUAUAGCAUGAUAGCUGCAGAGCAGCGACUUAAGGAUGCUGGCUAUGGUGAGAAGUCCUUUUUUGCUCCAGAAGAAGAAAAUGAGGAAGAUUUCCAGAUGAAGAUUGAUGAUGAGGUUCGCACUGCUCCUUGGAACACCACAAGAGCCUUCAUUGCUGCCAUGAAGGGCAAGUGUCUUCUGGAAGUGACUGGGGUGGCAGAUCCCACAGGGUGUGGUGAAGGAUUCUCCUACGUGAAGAUUCCAAACAAGCCAACACAGCAGAAGGAUGAUAAGGAGCCUCAGCCAGUGAAGAAGACAGUGACAGGAACAGAUGCAGACCUCCGUCGCCUUUCUCUGAAAAAUGCUAAGCAACUUCUACGUAAAUUUGGCGUGCCUGAGGAAGAGAUUAAAAAGUUAUCCCGCUGGGAAGUGAUUGAUGUGGUACGCACAAUGUCAACAGAACAGGCCCGCUCUGGAGAGGGGCCCAUGAGCAAAUUUGCCCGUGGAUCAAGGUUUUCUGUGGCUGAGCAUCAAGAGCGUUACAAAGAGGAAUGUCAGCGCAUCUUUGACCUACAGAACAAGGUUUUAUCAUCAACUGAAGUCUUAUCAACUGACACAGACAGCAGCUCAGCUGAAGACAGUGACUUUGAAGAAAUGGGAAAGAACAUCGAGAACAUGUUGCAGAACAAGAAAACCAGCUCUCAGCUAUCACGUGAACGGGAGGAGCAGGAGCGGAAGGAACUACAACGGAUGCUACUGGCAGCAGGCUCAGCAGCAUCAGGAAACAGUCACAGAGAUGAUGACACAGCUUCUGUGACUAGCCUUAACUCUUCUGCCACUGGCCGCUGUCUCAAGAUUUAUCGCACGUUUCGAGAUGAAGAGGGGAAGGAGUAUGUUCGCUGUGAGACAGUCCGAAAACCAGCUGUCAUCGAUGCCUAUGUGCGCAUACGGACCACAAAAGAUGAGGAAUUUAUUCGAAAAUUUGCCCUUUUUGAUGAACAGCAUCGAGAAGAGAUGCGAAAAGAACGGCGGAGGAUUCAAGAGCAACUGAGGCGGCUUAAGCGGAACCAAGAAAAAGAGAAGCUUAAAGGUCCUCCUGAGAAGAAGCCUAAGAAAAUGAAGGAGCGUCCUGACCUAAAACUGAAAUGUGGGGCAUGUGGUGCCAUUGGGCACAUGAGGACAAACAAAUUCUGCCCCCUGUAUUAUCAAACAAAUGCUCCACCUUCCAAUCCUGUUGCCAUGACAGAAGAACAGGAGGAGGAGUUGGAAAAGACUGUCAUUCAUAAUGAUAAUGAAGAACUUAUCAAGGUUGAAGGGACCAAGAUUGUCUUGGGGAAACAGCUAAUUGAGAGUGCAGAUGAAGUUCGGAGAAAAUCUCUGGUUCUCAAAUUCCCUAAGCAGCAACUUCCUCCGAAGAAGAAACGGCGAGUUGGAACCACCGUUCAUUGUGACUAUUUGAAUAGACCUCAUAAGUCCAUCCACCGGCGCCGGACAGACCCUAUGGUGACACUGUCUUCCAUCUUGGAAUCUAUCAUCAAUGACAUGAGAGAUCUUCCAAAUACAUACCCUUUCCACACUCCAGUCAAUGCAAAAGUUGUAAAGGACUACUACAAAAUCAUCACCCGACCAAUGGACCUACAAACACUUCGUGAAAAUGUGCGUAAACGCCUCUACCCCUCUCGGGAAGAGUUCAGAGAACAUUUGGAGCUAAUCGUGAAAAAUAGUGCAACCUAUAAUGGGCCAAAACACUCAUUGACUCAGAUCUCUCAAUCCAUGCUGGAUCUCUGUGAUGAAAAACUCAAAGAGAAAGAAGACAAAUUGGCUCGUUUAGAGAAAGCUAUCAACCCCUUGCUAGAUGAUGAUGACCAAGUGGCAUUUUCUUUUAUUCUGGACAACAUUGUCACCCAGAAAAUGAUGGCAGUUCCAGAUUCUUGGCCAUUUCAUCACCCAGUUAAUAAGAAGUUUGUUCCAGAUUAUUACAAAGUUAUUGUCAAUCCAAUGGAUUUAGAGACUAUACGUAAGAAUAUCUCUAAGCACAAGUAUCAGAGUCGGGAGACCUUUCUAGAUGAUGUAAACCUUAUUCUGGCCAACAGUGUUAAGUAUAAUGGGCCUGAGAGUCAGUAUACUAAGACUGCUCAGGAGAUUGUGAACGUCUGUUACCAGACAUUGACUGAGUAUGAUGAGCAUUUGACUCAACUUGAGAAGGAUAUUUGUACAGCUAAAGAAGCAGCUUUGGAGGAAGCGGAAUUAGAAAGCCUAGACCCAAUGACCCCAGGUCCCUAUACACCUCAGUACCUCAAAUGGCUGAGGAAAACCUGUCAGCUCUUCUCCCUUCUGAGCAGUAGCCGCUGUUUGGUUCAGCCUCCUGAUUUGUAUGAUACCAACACAUCCCUCAGUGUGUCUCGAGAUGCCUCUGUAUUUCAAGAUGAGAGCAAUAUGUCUGUCCUGGAUAUUCCCACUGCCACUCUGGAAAAGCAGGUAACACAGAUGCACCAGGGCCGAGGUAGGCUGGGCGAGGAAGACUCUGAUGUAGAUAUUGAAGGGUAUGAUGAUGAGGAGGAUGGGAAACCUAAGACUCCAGCCCCAGAAGGUGAAAAUGGAGAUGGUGAUCUUGCAGAUGAAGAGGAAGGAGCUGUGCAACAGCCUCAAGCCAGUGUCCUGUAUGAGGAUUUGCUUAUGUCUGAAGGAGAAGAUGAUGAGGAAGAUGGUGGGAGUGAUGAAGAAGGAGAUAAUCCUUUCUCUGCUAUCCAGCUGAGUGAAAGUGGAAGUGACUCUGAUGUUGGAUCUGGUGGGAUAAGACCCAAACAGCCCCGCAUGCUUCAGGAGAACACAAGGAUGGGCAUGGAAAAUGAAGAAAGCAUGAUGUCCUAUGAGGGAGACGGUGGGGAGGCUUCCCAUGGUUUGGAGGAUAGCAACAUCAGUUAUGGGAGCUAUGAGGAGCCUGAUCCCAAGUCGAACACCCAAGACACAAGCUUCAGCAGCAUCGGUGGGUAUGAGGUAUCAGAGGAGGAAGAAGAUGAGGAGGAGGAAGAGCAGCGCUCUGGGCCGAGCGUACUAAGCCAGGUCCACCUGUCAGAGGACGAGGAGGACAGUGAGGAUUUCCACUCCAUUACUGGGGACAGUGACUUGGACUCUGAUGAAUGAGGCUUCCUUUGGGCCUCCUUGGUCAGCCUUCCUUGUUCUUCAGCCUAGGUGGUUCACCUUUCCCCAAUUUGUUUAUAUUUGUACAGUGUCUGAUCCUGAAAUCACCAGAUUAACACCUUAGCCUUUAAAAAAAAUAGUAAGUAAAUGAUAAUAAAUCACUUCUACUGAUCUUCCUGGGGCAAUGUCACCCUUUGAUUUAAAACAAAGCAUACCCCUUCCCCCUACCACUACCCAAAAGAGGAGACAGCACAUUUGUCUCCAGUGCCCUUUUAACUCCAUUUAUUGCCCUUGGUGUCAUUUUUCCCUGGGGAAGGAGGAGAAAUUAUGAAAGGACUAAUAACUUUAUGUCCUCUUAAUGUAUUAGCAAUUUUUCAAGCAUGGUAUCGUCUCAGUUUUCUAAUUUGCAGGCUGGAACAGGUGAGAGACACCCCCCACCACCACCACCACCCGCUGGGACAGAGAAUUGGGUUCUGGUGGACUCUGUGCACACUUAACAAAUCUAUUGGACAAAUUAUCCAUUAUUAUUUAUUUGAUUAUAUAAUGCCUUGUUCCUAAAUGGAUUCGAGGCAGAUGACUAUAAAUCUUUGAAACAGCCUGUAUGUCAGAAAUGAUAUGUUGCUAUAUAAAUGUGUUCUUUCCCUCCCCCCCAGGGGAAAUGGUAGAAAAAUGGUAAGAGUUCCUUAGGGCAAAACUGUGUCUUCUGUUUCUUUUCAUGCUUAGGAUAUGGUUCUGUGUAUAGUAGGUACUCAGUAAAUGUUCCUAGAAUUAUAAAAUCCUCAACAGAUAUGUUACUGAGCAUCUGCUCCAUGAUAAGCACUCUUAUCAGAUCCUUGGGAUGCAAAGGUAAAUAAGACACAUCUCUUUUACCCAAAGAGCUCACCAUCAAGUUGGGGGAGGGAGGGUGGAAUUCAAAACAUGUUAAUAAAUCAUUACAGUACUGUGAGAUAAGUGCAAUCAAGAAGCUAGCUAUAAAGUGUAGGGGAAAGUAGAGGAGUGGUUAUGUCUGAAAAAAAAGUCAGGGAAGUCUUCCUAGUGGUAAUUUUUAAGCUGAUUGUUGAAGAAUUAGUCAGAGCUUGCCAGAUGGAAAAGUCCAAGCAGAGUGUAACAUGAAGUGAAAAGUCUAGAAAUGGCAGAGUGUGUUCCUAGUUUGUUUGUUUGUUUGUUUGUACCUGCCUUGCUCCAGAAAGGAUUUAAAGUGGUUUAUGUUCCAGUCCUUUAAUGCUGGAAUGGCUAGAGAUGAUACUGAAAGAUGGGCAGGAAGCAUAUUAUCAAGAGCUUUGUAUUUGAUGCUAAUGCAUGUGAAUUUUAUAUUUUGGGAAAUGAGCUUUAGAGGAGUGAUAUAAUCAGAUUUGUGUUUUAGAAAUUUUCUGUGUAUUGAAUGAAUGAAGAAAUUGAAGAAUCAUGUAACAAACGUGUGAUCCCAUUUUUGUAAAGACAAAACCAUGUGUGUAUAUUUAUGUGUGUUUAUAUAUACUCUUAUAUGCAAAGGAAAAGGUCUAAAAGGAUAUAUGCUAAACUUCACAAUGGAUGGGGAAUGGGAU